AAAAAUCUUAUCUAGAGACAAAGUAAACAAAAUCUUUGGUCUCUCCAACGGUCCUCAUGCACUACUAUAUCACAAUGCUUAUCACGCCGGCGAGUUUAUGCGGUGGCAUAGCCGGGUUAUUCGUUUUCGGACAGAAAGCUAGAAUGACGAAAAUACCCUCGCUCACAAAUUCGAAUAACUACCGAAACACCCUUUUCACCGUCCCUCCGGUGGCGGAGAGAAGAGCUAUGAAAGCAUUCCGGUGCGGUGCUCGGAGAAGGGUGAGAGAUGAGGGAGGUGAAGAUGAAGAUGAAUUGUAUGGAUACAACGAGGAGAUGGCGAUGUUGGAGAUAUAUAGCCAGUCGUGUAGAGAAGAAGCGCUUAUAGUGACGGCCAUUGUUGACGAUGAAGAAAUGGAAGUUGUAAUCUUUAAAGGAGUGUCGGCGUGCUUGAGCGGAGAAACGGCGGUGGAUCCGGCGAGGAGUGUGUUGCCGGAGAGAGCAGUGAUUACAAAGAUUGAUAGAGUGAGAGGUCCUUUUGAUCCUUCACAGAUUCAUUACAUUCAAAAGGAUAUCUCUUUUCAAGCCUUCAAGGACACCAGAUUCAAGUUCAACUAAUGUUCAUGAAUGUUGCGUUUGGAUCAAUGAAAAUUUCAUUUUUUCACUAUUACAAACCCACUAAUAACUCUCACCUCUGUUUCUCAACUAAUUUCAGUAAAAGCCAGUAGUGAAAAACUUAAUCUAGAACCACUUAGUUAUUUCCGCCGGCGUAUGUAAUCUCAAAAUGUAUCCUUCUAUGUUUUUAUAUAUAAAUUCAGAUGACAAAAAAAAAAAAAAAA